AUGAUUUCAAGCUACAUCCCGAUACACCUUCGCUUCAGCAGCGGCGAGUCAAGCGAACUAUCUCCUCACAAUGUCAACAAAGAGGCGAGCAGCGACAGUGUGGAUGGCCAUGUAUCCAUCAACAAUGGGAGUCACAGUAGAGAUUUCAAGGAGAUACCAGAUAUCAACGACGAGUCUCACGUGAAAACAAGGUUCAUGGAGAAAGAGGGCCAUAAGCAUGUUGCCGCGCCCUCUGAUGCAAAAUCAGCAGGUAGAACGUCUCGUGGCGAAAAAGAAUCAGGCAACGCUGAGAAAUGUUCGAAAACAUCUACUGAGGAGAAAAUCACAUCGGCCCAGACAAGAAUUCAAUUCAAGCUACUUUCGGAGCCUUUGGACCCACGAAGUUCUCCUCGUCUUCCAAUCUCAAACACGAGGCUAGUGUUGGCGCGUUCUAUUACGGCCAACUCAACGGUCAGACGACGUGACAAUUCCAAAGGCAACAUGACCGACAUAAGGCCGGCCUCUCGAGAAGAUUUUCCCGGAAGCAAACUAAAUCAACGUUCAGCAAAUGAAGAUUUGAUGAACAAAAAGACGGCUGGAAGCCAUUUUGAGCUAAAUUCAAGUAAAAUUCCGAACACUAAAUCCAUUAUCCGGCUCAAACCACUUCAGCCUCCGGAAACGAGUCGGCCUUUUCACAUUCGCUCAGUUGUAGCUCACAAAAAUGAGGGCACGACAUCGUCACGUAAUGAAUACAUCAGGGCAUACAAGAAGUACUAUAUUUUGAAAGAGUCAAAGAUCUAUCAAGCACCGCAAAUGAGGAAACCGGGCGGUUGGUUGACACGUGCAGAGCGUAAGGCCAUUUCGCGAACUCUUGUUGACUUCCAAAGCCUCGGAGGAGCGACCGAAGUACCCUACAAUGAUCGCGGAUGGGCAAUAAGUCCUGAUAUAGAUUGGAAUUCCCCUAAUCAGCUUCUAGAUUGGGAAGGCAAAAUCCUUCCACCUCCAGUAGAGUGGGACGGGCGUCGGCCGUGUGAGCGCGACAACUGGUGCGACUUCAUCUUCGAGUACAUACGCGAGAGCCAGCCUUGGUUCGUGAAGAGUGGUGGGGAGGCAAAGUAUGAAUCUUGCUGCGUCGUAGACACCAACCGAGAACUUUUUAGAGCCAGUGAGAACGGCGAGAUCGCACCGCGAGAUUGGAUUGUGGAGACUGUUGAGAAUCAGCCACUGCAGUCUUUCUGGAGGUUCUUUUUUAAGAUCCCUCCGGCACCAAUUGAUCUUGAGGAUGUGGGAGACGACCCAUUCUGGCUUCGCUACGUCCACGGGUCAAGCAUGUUAUUGCCGUACGAUCACGGCGACUUCCUCUGCGAGCCAGUCACUGAUAGUGGAGAGACAACAGAGGAACAGGAGGCUUAUCGUUUGUGGAUGCGUUCAAAGAAGCAAACAUCGAAUUUGCUGAUCAUUGAAUUCUUGGGAAAACGACGUGAAGAAGGUGGAGAACGGCGAUAUCUGCAACGAAAACAGAAACUCGUUCGUCGCAAAGCCGAGAGAAAGCUAAAGAUCGUACCUCCACCGAAUUCCAAUCGUCCCAAGGUUAAGAUAUAUCUCCGGCCUGUGAAUAUCAAAACCGAUAGCCAAGGAGUGUAUGACAUCUACGAACAUUACGCUAACAACACAGCAUAUGCGUCUGAGCUGCGAGCUCCUGAGCUGAAGGAGAUGAUUGGACGCUUGCACAAAAUAGAGGCCACAGCACUUCCGAUGAUUGUGGCCAUCGAGGGCUCCAAGCUUUCAAAGCAGAGAGAUCCCAUGAGCUACAGGUGCGUUGAAAAGAUACUCGGCUUUGCCUUUGCGAAUGAGGAUGCAGGUUGUCGCACGCAAAUGAGCCAUGUCGUGAACUUGGAGACAUACGUUCACAAGGACUACCAAAAGAAAGGGAUCGGCAAGACUCUUCUUGAUCGCAUGUUGUACUUACUUGACCCACUCUACCACUGCGUCAGCGAUGUGCCCUGGGAACCUCCCACUGACAAACCAGAGUUUUGCACUCCAGGAGGCGGACGGGUCGUUGGCACCUUGCGGAUUGUGCUGUACUACGGUGUAGACGAGCGCGCCCGUUGUGUCUGGAUCAGGGAAUGGUUGAGCCGAUACGAAUUCCAAAUGGAGGCAGACUUUAGUAGAUGUGGGAUGAAGCUGAAUCAAUGGUAUUUACCCACCUUUUCAACAGAAUUGAUCAUAGCUGACCCAUGUCAGGACGCGUCAAGCCAUCUUCCAACGUCAGACUGGGCACCUGCUCGAUCCGAAAGCCGUCGUGCGAUCAUUUCUAUGAGAUUUAGAGGAAUGUCACGCAUGUGA